CCGACAGGUUUAUGACGUAACACAUCGGUGAUAAUCCACUGUAUAUUAUAAAAAGAAAAUAUCUUAUCAUCUGAUUGGGAUGUUGGCAUUGAAUUGAAGUCUGCAAACCAUUGCUUAUAGUACAACACGGAAGAAUAAUGGAACAAACUGUGUUUAUAGUCGUUUUAAACUAGUAUUGCAAAUGCGGAAACGUCAAGUAUUCGAUACAGGUGUAAACUACAGUUCCCAAAAGCACCACAGUGCCACUUCUGAAGUCGAGGUGUUGCUAAAACGCUAUCUUAAUUACAAGUAAAAGGUAAAUUGGUUAAGCCGGAUGAGGAAGACUAUUGGAACAGUUCGAAUUUAAAGGUCAAAGCUUUCACGUUUGAGGACGAUGAUGAUGACUAUACCAGGCUGAAGGAAUCCAAACAGGCAGUGAACAGCAUUCGUGAUCUCGUUGAUGAAGAUGACGAUGACGUGGAGAAGGUCAGCUGGAGUGGAGAACCUGUUGGAAGCAUUGCUUGGUCUGUCAAGGAGACGGCGUCCAGCACCCGGACAACAACAGGCGAACAACGGGAGAUGGGUUUCCCCAAAAUAGACACUGCUCCCUCAUUGCCCAAGAAUAACUCAGGGUAUUCCUUAAGUUCCUUAUUCAAAGCAAAGACCAAAUUUGGCAAUCAACAGUCCUUCUCUGAGUCUUUUAGUGAUACGCACACCAGACAUUACGCCCCAGAGCUUCGGAAGCCAAAAUCAGAAUACAAGGACUACGUAGGCGAUUGGACUCCUGAUGAGACAGUGAAGAGAAUGCAGCAGGGAAAGGGCUACUCUUUGGAGAAGUUCCGCUCUUUACAAGACAAACUGCUACUGUUGGACGAGGCUGUGAACGCACAUGAUGGAAACGUCAUCACGGCGAUUUUGAUAUAUCUAAAGAAAUCAUUAGGCAGAGAAAUUCUCUUUCGAGAGUUGAUAAAUAGGGAAAUAGCUCUUCGGCAUUAUAUUCACUACCUUAAGGAAAUGGGAGAACAGAAGAUUUUGUUGGAGCUGUUCAGGUCCUUGGGAAGAACAGAAGACAUGUCGCUGUUGCAGUACAGAGAAUACCUCAAUAUCAAAGAGGAAAACAAACGGAGGGAUCACCUGAAGAGCUGCCUCAGUCUCCCCUUUUCACCAGACGAUGCUAUGCACAUUCAAGACCACUACACACUCCUAGAGCGACAGAUCAUCAUUGAGGCUAAUGACAAAAAGGUGGAGAGCAGCGGCCAGACAGACAUUUUUAAAAAGUACCCCAGGAAAGCCUCCAUUCUCAACAUGCCCAUCAUCACCACUCUGUACUACUCCUGCUUCUACCACUUCGGAGAGUCUGACGGCACGUACAGCAGCCCAGCCAACAUUCGGAAGACUUUCAGGAUUUCAGAGAAACAGUAUCUUCUCACAGCCCUAGGUGCCAGGGCAAAGCUGAAACAGUGGUUUGAUGUUGAUGCACUGUUCACCUCCAAGAACUGGCUAGGCUACACCAAGAAAAAGUCCCCCGUAGGAUUCCACAGAGUGGUGGACAUCUUGCAGAAAAACAACGCACCUGUCUCGGUGUUGCAAGAGUAUGUGAAUUUGGUGGAUGACACUGACAUGAAGAUCAGUUUGGCGCAAAAGUACAAGUGCCAUGAUACCAUCAUCAAUACCUACCGGGAUCUGAAGGACCGGCAGCAGUUGAUUGUUUACCGGGGGAAGAUGGAGAGGGGGUCUCCAGAGGACAGAAAGAUUGAGGAAAUCCUAAAUAACCCGCAAAUGCGGUGGAAAAACUGAUCUCAUCCCAUGGAAGAUAUUAACAACAAGCAGCAUUUAAGAAUGAUUGUCUACAUUAGUAAUAUACAUUUUUACCUGACAUUAUAAGUCAGGUAAAUGGUGAAAGUAACAGGAUGGCAGAGAAGAAACCAUAAAGCCUAACCCUUCCCAUUGUUUUUUGCAUUAGUGUUGUCUCACAUAAAACUUGCCCUAUAAGUCAA